UAGAGAGUCGGGCGUUCUGCGGAUAGAGUGUUUUCUCCGUGACUUUGAACACUCGGCUGGCUACAAUACAUACAUACUCCCUAAAAGAGCAGGCGACGUCGUAUAUGUGUCUCUCCAUUUAGAUGGCGGAAGAAGCUUUUCAGCUGCUUUUGUACUGAACUCCAAGUCUCAGCACUCAUUGGCCGGAAAGAAUGGCGUUGAUAGUGCAGCCAUGCCGAUGCGGUGGCGUCGCUGCAGCAACACUGCCCUCCUCUCUCUCCCAGUCUCCGUGCCCAUUUCCGAGACGCGUGUCUCUCCCCAAUUUGAAUUUCGUACUUUCUCCUUUACAUCAAAGCCGUAAAUUCGAAAUUUUGGCAGUUGUUAAGAGGAGCCCUAAACGUCUCAAGUACUCUACUCCUCGUUUCACUAAGGAGGAUGGUUUACUCUACCUUGAAGUUGAUCCUUCAGGGUCAGACUCUUGGAAAUUGGAUCCUGUUAUUCAACUUCUUAAAGAGGGAGCUGUAGGAGUGAUUCCCACAGACACUGUGUAUGCAAUAGCUUGUGAUCUUAGGAGCCACACCGCAAUUGAACGUUUGCGUAGAAUUAAAAACAUAGAAGCUACAAAGCCCCUUAGUAUCUUAUGCCAUUCCUUACGGGACAUAGAUAAAUAUACAACAGGAUUUCCUCGUGGCAAUGACCAUGGUUUUACGAACAUUUUUCGAGCUGUUAAACAUUGCCUGCCUGGCCCUUAUACUUUCAUCUUAACUGCAAGCAAAGAGCUGCCUAAACAAUGCACAAGGUAUGGAACUACAACGUCCAAAUAUGCGUCAAGGAAAAAUGUUGGUAUUCGCAUACCUGAUGACCCAGUGUGUCAAGCUAUCCUGGACAAGAUGAAUGGACCUUUAAUAUCCACAAGUGUCAAGUCGCCUAAAGAGAAUGAGUGGAUUCUGGAUCCUGUUGUUAUAGCUGAUGUAUAUGGUCCAGAGGGCUUAGAUUUUGUUGUCGAUGCUGGUGUUAGAGUUGCUGAUCCGUCAACUGUUGUUGAUAUGACUGGAAGUUAUCCUAAAAUCAUGCGGCAAGGCAAGGGUGCGAAACAGCCUUGGAUGGUAGCAGGUGAAGAGGAUUUUGAUGUAAAAUAACGAUGCUAAAUCCAAAUGGUGCAUGAAGUGAAAUAUUAUCAUUAUCGUGGUACUUGUGUGUGUAGGACAGAGACUUCUGACUAGGAAAUGAAAUAUUUGAAAAACCUACAUUUUGGGGUAAAUGAUUGAAUAGGAAAUGGUUCAGUUGAUAUUUUAAAGUUGUGUUGUUUCCCCAGUUGUAUGAUUGUGUAUCCUUGUAUAGGCAUUUGGAUUUUGGUUAAUGUUGGUGAGGGAAAAUAUGGAACUUAUUUUUGCUUUUCA